AUAUGGAGGUUGACGCGGAGGUUUGUUCUUGGAUCGAGGGCACCGGGAAACACACUACCGAAAAUGCAAGGACAAAAGCCCGUACGAUGCAGCCGACGAGGUGGUGGCGGAAGUGGUGCAGUGACAUGCCCAUUCUCCAAAAACAAGUUGUUCGCCUCCUUGAACAAGCCUCCUCCUCUUCUAGUUCCAAGAGGAAUUGGAGCUUGUUCGAACAGAUUCACAUUUGUCUCCGCAGCAAUCUUGGUGCCAUCAAGCUAAGCACGCUGGUUUUCAACAGAUGGAACCAGCACUUGUUGGACUUCUUGACCAAGAAACCGAAGGCCGACGAUUCAACGAAGUGGGAAGCGGAUGAACCGGUGGAAGAUCUCACACGAGAUGAGAUGGCGUCAGAUGCACUCCUAUGGUUAGGGGAGUGGCAUGCCCGGUUGCGCGGAACACAUUCUGUUCACGAUGAAGGUAAGAAUGGCGACUCGGGCUCCGACGAGGAGGACAUUCCUGUCCAAGCACAACAAACGGCUGUUGAGGAGGAGGUCACAGUUCAGCAUCGUCGGCUGCACAAUGAUUUGUUCGAGCUCGAGAGGGAGUUCAACGAGUCGUGGAGGAAGGCCACGAAGGCUUCCAAGUUUUUGGCCCGACUACAUUUGCAUGAUUUGGAUCAGGUUACUAGGACCAUGACCCUCGAGCAUGCCAACAAGUACAAAGUUGUGUGGGUAGCUGCAUGUGCACCACCCGCAGUACCACCCAAACGAGGGAGAGGGAGACCUCGAAAGGACGCUGCGACUCAUGGGGGAACAGGUGAUGAGGAAAUUGAGGAUGUGGAAGGUGGACAUUUGGAAGGGGGUCCUGCACCCGCACGUGCGACAAGAAAGCGGGGACGACUGCGGAAGGCGCCUGUGGAAGAGGAGGAGGCUGAAACUAGAAGGGGGACACGAAAGCGGGGACGUUUGCAAAAGCAACCCGUCGAAGAGGAGGAGGAAGCAGCGCUUGAAAAAACGAGCUACGCUGACAAACAUGGCAGCAACGACGGAAGCAGCAACAGCGAUGAAAGCGGGGCUGAGCAUGAUGAAAAUGACUGGAGCGGCCACAGCGAAAGUGCAUGUGAUGGCAGCGGCAGCAGCGAUGAAAGUGAAGGUGGUCGUGGCAGCAGCGAUAGCAGCAAGAAAGAUGGGAGGUCGUCGGAGGAAGAGAAUAACUCCGAAUGGGAAGGCCGAAAGGAAGAUGGGAGUUCGUCGGAGGCAGAGGACAACUCCGAAUUACAGCGCAGCCUUGCACUGUCUGUCUUUGUUGAACUUUGUCGUGUUUCUUUAAUGUAAUGUGUUUGCCCAACAGUCCAACUUCGUUGAUCACUUGUUUAAUGAACUGUAAAUAGUCUG